AAAGUAUUUUUAGUGAGACAGUGGAAUAUUUUUGCGCCCAAUGCACACAAACACAAUCACCAACAUAAACGCAUAAUAAUGUUGUUAAAGUGCCAAAUAUACGUUUGAAAUCUAUACAAUAAUUAUUAGUUGACUAUGUAGUGUUGCUGAGUGUUAAACGCGUUCUGGACAAUGGCGUCAUAAUAAUUCCCUUUGUUAUUCGCUCAUUGGGGACAGCAGCCAAAUCAUAAACAUCAAAAUAGAAUUAGUUGACAAUCUCAAUAAAGAAAGCUAAAACGCAGAAAGCAGAAGAAAACUGAAUCAGACCCUGUACAAAUAUUUCACAAAUAACAAACAUUUGGAGGAAUUGUGUUAUUGCAUGGCCUUCAACCAGCAGCUGGAAUGGAUCCUCAAAUAAUAACCGAAUUGGCCAAUUUGCUGCGCAAAAAUGGUGACAAAAUCCUUAGCUCGGAAUUUACCUUGACCUUAUCAGGUCCAUUGCUACGCGGUUUGAAUGAUGCCUUUGCGUUAUUCCCUGACAGCGACAUUGUAUUCGGAGCUGGAUUGGGGACAUCGCAGCAAAACUCGCAGGCAUUCCAAGUGCUUAUGCCAUAUAAUGCCCAAUCGAGUGUGUAUGCCGACCUCCAGCUGCUGCAUGAUUUUGUGCAGAAAACAACGUUGCUCAAGCUUAACUAUUUCCCCAGCGAACAUUACUACCAAGGUGCCAUCGACAUAUGCAAAUUUCGUGCACUGCGUCGCCUGGAGGUGCACAAGAUCAACAUCUCUCAAGUGGUUGGCAUCCAAGCGUUGCGUUCGCAGCUUCAGCACUUGAUCUGCAUCAAGAGUCUGAACAGUGUGGAGGACAUUAUCACGCACUGUGGUGGCGACAAAUCGAAUGGCUUCGUUUGGAACGAACUGCAAACGGCAGAUUUUAGCUAUAACAAUCUGCGUGGCAUUGAUACUGCUCUGGAGUUUGCCCAACAUCUGCAGCAUCUAAAUCUGCGGCACAAUAAACUAAUCAGUGUGUCUGCCAUUAAGUGGCUGCCACACCUAAAAACACUUGAUCUAAGCUACAAUUGCUUGACGCAACUGCCGUUGUUUCAUGCCGAGGCUUGCAAGCGGCUGCAGUCACUCAACAUCAGCAGCAAUUACGUGGAGGAGCUGCUCGACAUGACCAAACUAGAUGCUCUGACGAAUAUGGAUCUAUCGGACAACUGUCUCCUAGAGCAUUCGCAACUGUUGCCGCUGAGUGUUCUGAUGACGCUGACCACUCUCAAUUUGCAGGGUAAUCCGCUGGCAUGUCAUCCAAAACAUCGCUUGGCGACAGCACAAUAUCUGCACAAAAAUACAUCCACUGUCAAGUUUGUGCUGGACUUUGAGCCCCUGUCAAAGCCAGAGAAGGCAAUGACGGGCAGCCAACAGCUGCGAAAUGUGGGCAUGGGUCAUAGAAUCGCCAGCAGUUACAUGUCUAUAAAUAGCUCACGGGGAUCUGUUAAUACGCCCGCAUCUAGCAUUGGCUCGCAGCGUUCGAUAUCGAUGCGAGGCAGAGAUUCAUCAUCGGAAGCAGAGCAACUAGCGCCGCAAGAGACGCAAAUAGUUAAACGACGCACCAAGAAGCUGCGCAGCGUGGAGAUAGCAGAGCAUGGCGAAGAGUUUGCAAAGGAAGCGACUGCUAUAACAGAUCCUAUCAACGUAAGCGCUGUUCCGGAACAAGAGGCCCCUGAUGGUAGCCAUUUGGAGACAAAGAAAAAAAUCGAGACAUUGCGCAUGAAAUAUGGUAACGAAUGGCUGCAGUCCGGCAAUACAGAACUAAUGCUGGGCAUAAACGCAAUACAGCCCAGCGAACCGAAACGUCACGCUGCACGCCAAGAGCUCGACGAGUUUCUGGGCGAGCUUUCUGCAAACUAUCAGCCUGAACCUCGGGCUCAACUUGAAUCUGACGAACUCAAUAUUAGCUCCACGCCCACGAAUGGCGCACAUUGGAGUUCGCCUCUAAAUGACACAUUGACGCCCAUUAAAUUAGAUGUCGACAACACCGACAAGGACGAGACUCAGGCAACAGUUUAUGAAUCAUGUGAUAAUACCACGGAAACGGAAUAUCAGAGCAUGGACAAUACACUCCAGGAAGAAAAAGAUGAACAGCGGGAACCAGAGAUUGACAAGCAUCGAGAAGUGUUGAAUCUUUAUGGAUUGUCAAGUGCAGAGCAAGAAGAGGAACCAGUCUCUGACGAAGAACCGGAUGAGAAGCUUUACAUUGUUUGCCAUGCGCACAAGACCAGCGAACCUCUGUUCCUAACCAUAUCAUCGAAUUACAUACGGGAAAAGGACGCACUGAACGAACGAACAAAAACUAAGUGGAGUCUCAGGAUGCUGGAGUCUUGUGAGCGCAUUAAAUCGAAUACGCUGCGUAUCAACUUUGACACCAUGCAAAAACACAAACAGGAGCGCGUCUAUUCUGUGGACAAUGCACUCUGUCAAGAAAUCGAAAAGAAGCUGCGCGAUAUUCUUUCGCAGCGUGAUCUCACCGAAAUGAACAUUACCCCCUAUAUCUGCUUGAACUGUGGCCUUCAGUUUUCCAGAGAGCGUAAUAAGAAGAACUACAAGACAGCAGAGCUACGUUGUCCCAAUUGCGCUAAAGAUUUGGUGGCAGAGGUGCACGACGAGACAGGUUCGAUGGAGAAAACUAAAGAAGCUGCAAUGGAACCGAAGUUGUCGCCAGCGCUAAUUGUAGAUGAAUCACCAGUUGGUACACCGCUGAUGCUGCAGUCCAAGGAGGAUAAUCAAAGUAUUGUGGGCAACAAGAGGCUCUUCGCUAUUAACACACCAAACAAACGUAGGAGUUUGAUGCAAACCAUAAAAAGAUCGGCCAAUUCACUUAACGAAAGCAGCUCCUGUUCGAAGAUAACCAACUCACAGUGUUCGUUUGACUCCAAUCGUUCAGUUGUGGGCAGUUCGAAUACCGAACGUGAUUUGGAAUUUCGUGCCAAUGAGAGUGAUGUCGACAUCAUAUCCAAUCCGAGCCAAUCUAGUAUUGAAGUGCUGGAUCCCAAUUUCGUGCAAAGCGCUAGUCGCAAAACCUCUGAGGAGCGGCGCAUAGCACAAAUACCCAAUCUACAGACCAUCGAUGAUGACCACAGCCAAGCACAAAGUUUCAUUGAGCGUGAGUUUGGCCAGCUGUUGGCGGCCAGAUCCAAGUCAACAGCAAACGAGGAAUCAAUUGAAACGACAGUUGAAGAUACAACGCCAAAAUCCAAAACUUUGGCACAAGUGCAGCUGACGGAGAGCAGCUCAUCUGGCUCGGUCACCGACAGCAUUUGCACCACUUACGAGCAACAGAGCAAGCAGCAGCUGCAGCCGCAAGAUAAGGGUCAAUUGCUGGCAACAAAUGAUCCCAUCGUUAUACACAAUUUGCUGCAUGCCGAACGCAAUGUUAGCACCCAUCAGCAUCACCACAACAAUAACAACAUUGAGGUGGCGGGUGUUAGCGAAAAUGGACAUCUGAAGAAGGGCGAAGAGGCUGGCCUCUCUUCUGUGUUUGGAGGUGAGUUAAAUACUUUUUUCGACCAUAGUUGCUUUUUUAAUAUAAUUUUAUCUAUCCUUCAGCUCUUUUUUCAAUCAACCAACGUCCUAAUGUCCAGCUCAAAGAAGCUCAUCGAAUCAGAGUCGACUGCCAGCGGAGUGCAGCCCUAUAAGUUUAACUACAGCGACUUUAACGACAUCGAUCACCGGCUAAAGCUGUAUUUCUAUCAGAGAAAGUUCAAGGAUGCUGCCGAGCACUUCAAGUGGCUGGCCAAGGGUCGUAUUUUCAAUGAACAAACACAAACGGUGCGUGAUGGUUUAUUGAUAAUAUCCACCAGCAAGUGCUAUCUGAUGGAGGCCUAUGCACCGCCCCAUGAUGAUGUAUCCAAGUGGUUGCGUCAGGUAACAAGCGCUACCAUUAAUCGCUUAACGCGUGUGCAGUGUCUUCCCUGGAAAUUGGGAUUGUCUUUUACUCUGAACAAUUGGGGAAACUUUGCACUCCUGUUGCAGGAUAUGCUGCGCACCGACAGCUUAUUAUUGUACCUGGCGGAUAAUCCGCUUCCGUCUAACUGCGAAUUGAUACAAGACCCCUCUGAUGCCGUGCUUCAACGACUAAAUGCGCUGGUUACGGAGCCGCUUAAGAUGUGCACUGUAUUGAGUGGCUGCCGAUGGACUUGUGGGCAGGAUAAACGCAAUUUUGAAAUCUGCACAUUGCUAACUUCAGACACACAAUUGCAUGUCGUCGGCAAUGGCCGAUUUAAUUGGCUGACAACCAACGUGGAGCAGAAGCCACAGCUGGAACUUUCGUUGACACAGCAGAUGAGCAAUCUAGUGGAAGCGGAACGAGUUACGGACUGCGAGUACAAAAUUAACUUUCUGGACGAGACGGAAAAUCAAUGUGAACUGUGGCACCUUCAGUUCGAGACACAGGCUAAUGCCGAGUGCUGUCUGGACGUCAUUGGUAAAUCGUGGGAACAACUGUUUGGUGUGCCAUUCAGCUAUUCCGGAAUGUAGUAUUUAUCAUUUUACGAGGGACCAAACACUAUUUUACUUUGUUCAUAUCGAAGCAAAAACUAUGUGCAAAUUUGAAAUUCAAUUGUGACAAUGUUUAUCUAAUGAUCUACAAUCUAUAUUAUCAUGCUUAGCCUUACAAACUGGGACAUAUAUAUAUUUAACUGGAUUAGUUUUAGUAUUUCAAAACGUCGACAAUACAAUUAUAAUGAAGCAAGCGAAAAAUGGUGCUCACCCACUACACUAGCUAUGAAGUCAAUGUAAAAUACAGCAUACAAUUUAAA